UGUGUGUGGGUUCUAUAAAAAGUGCUUCCCGGGUGUUCAGGUGUUGGGACACUAGACUCCAGCUGCACGUCUGAGACACAGUAGAUUAUGGCACACCUAAAAAGCAUCAUCCUGAUUCUGAUCUGCAUCUGCAUUAUGCCGCACGUCCUGCAGGUGAGUGCUCAGGCCAAGAAGGCUAAAGGAAGACAAAAGCAGCACAGCCUGUCUCCAAAGUCAAAAAUACCUGCUCGUAAUCAUCAGAAGAGUGGCUCGAAAGACCCAAACGGCGCGUUAUUCAAAGGCCGGAUUACGAAUAAAGAUGGGACGCGGUGCACAUGGGCAGCCACAGAAAGCAGCGUUGAGGAUGACGGUACAUUUAUCUUGAGCAUCACCUGUAAAAAGGGCACUGAAAAGAGUCUCCAUUGCGAGUACACAGCUAAACCCAAGUUGUGUCCUGAGUACACAUCCAACACUGAUGCGUUCUGGAAGCAGAUCGGCCGCUCGCUCAAGAACCAGAAGAAGUUAUGCCAUGACUCCAAAGCUCUGCUCAAGGCUAAAAUAUGCAGAAAAGCACCUAGGGACGCACACUUUGCUCUCAAAACCACUCCAAAGGUCAAUCCAACUCCUAUGAAGAAGAACAAGCCAUGCCCAGACCUUACUAAUAGACAAAAAUUGGCUGAGGAGUAUUGCAGCAACGCCUGGUCUUCAGUCUGUACCUUCUUCUUUGCUAUGGUUGAGACUGAGGAUUGUUGAAUGAGACACGGCUACAAUGCUAAGUUUAUCUGUUAACGCUACAUGCUUGAUGUCAAACCAGAACUUCAGUAUUUUUUAAAUGAGAUUGUCACUGUGUUUGAAACCCUACUCACAAUUUCCUACAUUAGAAGAACUACACUAAAUGGCCAAACCUAUGUGGACACCUGACCAUUACACCAUCAUGCCACUGUGUACAAAGCGAGCUCCAUGAAGACUUGGUUUGCCAAGGUUGGAAUGGAAGAGCUUGAGUGUCCUGAUCUCAACCCCAAUGAACACCUUUGGGAUGAACUGGAAUGCUGAUUUAACCCCAGGCUUCCAUCGUUGCCUGACCUCACUUACGCUCUUGUGGCUAAAUGGGCGAUGGGUACGCCUUCCCAGAAGAAUGGAGGUUAUUAUAACAAGGGGACUAAAUCUAAAUCUGGAAUAGGAUAUUCAACAAGCAUGUAUAGGUGUGACUGGUCAGAUGUCCUCAAACUUUUUACCAUAUAGUGUAUGUAGCACACUAAUAACGGUGAUGGAAUAUUCAUAAUUCAAAGGAAAUCAUUGUUAAAAUGAACAAACCAAUCAAAUUGAUGUGUCUGUAAACACAACCUACUCACUAAACCAUGCAGUGCAUUGUGGGUAUUCUGAUUAACUGUACUGUAUAUAUUGUAGUGUAAAGAUUUGCUUUCAAGCACCGCACAAUCAACAGGGCUGAGGUGGGAUUCGAACCCCCGACCCCGGAGGAACUUUUAAAAAGAUAACACAAUUCGAACACAUAUUGUGCUAAGUAUAAACUGCGAUCUGUGUUUUAUCCAGACUGGAUAUUUAUCCAUCGGUUAAAAAUACACACAUUUAGCUACAUUUAGUGGUGAGGUGUGUUUUGAACCUCAAAGAGUGAGUGAAAUGUGAUUGGUUGAUUCACGUCAUUAAUUCCUGUGUUGUAUAAUACUGUGUAAAUACAUAUAUUAUGUGUACAUAGAACAUACAUAGUACUACAUACACUGUACAUACAGUACUGUACGCUUUGUUCGAGUCCAUUCAAUCAUUUAUUCAUUCAUUCAUUAACCACGCACACAUUUGAAGAGGCACUGCUGUAAUCAAAUCACAGCGCUUCCACAUCACAUCAUUCAACCAGUCGCUUUUUAAAUCGGCUUUGUUGCGUUUUAUAGGUCAUUCAUUGAAUCAAACCAAAGACCUUCAGACACUCCCUAUUUAAUAAAAGCAGCAUGUAGACUUCAAUGGAGAAACAAAAUCUGUUCGCAGUGUGUGGAGGAUGAAUAGUGCUUUGGGAGUUAUAUGGUGCUUGUUGAAAACGUAUUAUUUUUGGUCAUUUAAGCAUCAUCACCCAAGCAAGAGAGCGGUAGCUCAUCUCAGCCUUGACGCUAUUCAGUAUAACUGAACGAUCGCAAGUGCAAGAUUGCUUUUAUACAACAGUUCUUUAAUCAAGAAAUUAAUAUCGAGUAACUGACAUUUCGGAUACAAUAUGGCCAGACGUUUUGUUUAUUUUUGCUCACGUUCAUUUGUACGUUCCCAUUAAAGGUGCUUCCGGUGAAACUGGCCUCCCUUCUUCCUUUUCAUUUUCAUCUGACGGGCUUUCAUAUUUUAAGUCAAACAUUAUAUUUGUAAACAGUGUAUUGUUUGCCAUGUCCGCUGAUGAUGAUGCCUACUCCACUGUAGUUACAGUUUCAGACUAGGAGGUGGAAUUGGAUGUGGUGAACUCAGACGAGUGAAGUGAUGCACACAGUCCCGGUGCAGUGAUACUACUCAAGCAGACUCGAGUCGAAUCGAGCCGUACUGUGCAGUGGAAAAGCGCCAUAAGUAUAGGCACUCUUGGAACGCCGCUCGACCAAUCAAAUUAGUGGAACUGACUGUUGUAUAAUAUUAAAUAAAUUAUGUGUCCGAAACCCAGUUUCUGGAAAAUCUUUCUCAUACCAGCAUGAUUAAAAGUCAAACUGAAGACCUA